UUCGUCAUUUCGUCAACGCCAGGGCUAACCACCUCACAACCCUAGACUUGCCCCAUCGGAGGCGGCCGCACACCAUUUAGGCAUCCUCCUGACUUCGCCCGCUUCCAGACGUAGCAGUAGACGGCGCUCAUCGCUCAUCCCAUCCAGAUCCCUCGCCAUGGCUGCAGAGAAGAAGCUCUCUAACCCGAUGCGGGAUAUCAAGGUCCAGAAGCUUGUCCUUAACAUAUCGGUCGGCGAGAGUGGCGAUCGCCUCACCAGAGCCGCUAAGGUUCUGGAACAGCUCAGUGGACAGACACCAGUUUUUUCCAAAGCACGGUAUACUGUGAGGUCCUUUGGAAUCAGGCGUAAUGAGAAGAUUGCAUGUUAUGUCACCGUGAGGGGUGACAAGGCGAUGCAGCUCCUGGAGAGUGGACUGAAAGUGAAGGAAUACGAACUCUUGAGAAGAAACUUCAGUGAUACUGGUUGUUUUGGUUUUGGCAUUCAAGAGCACAUUGAUCUGGGAAUCAAGUAUGAUCCCUCUACUGGCAUCUAUGGCAUGGAUUUCUAUGUAGUACUAGAGCGUCCUGGGUAUCGUGUGGCCCGCCGCCGCAGAUGCAAGUCGCGUGUUGGAAUUCAUCAGAGGGUAACCAAAGACGACGCCAUGAAGUGGUUCCAGGUCAAGUAUGAGGGUGUUAUCCUUAACAAGUCCCAAGCAACCACCACAUAGGAUUGUCAUUAGUCCAGAGCUGUUUGAUCGUUUCUCCUGUUUCCAGCGGAGUCUAGUAGGUUUAUGGAACUUGUUUGCUUCGUUUUGCAUAUCCUGAAGGAACUAAUAACCAAAAACAUUGUUUUGAUUCUGUGAUUUGGUGGCCAUAGUAUUAUUAUCUGGAUGGUAAUAGCUGCUAAUGUUAUCAUGAGUUUUAUGGCUGUA